AAAUCAGGUGGCCCCUCUCGUCUCACAUUGCUCUUCUUCCCUUGUUUGAAUUGAAAGCUGCGCGCCAGCUCGUCUGAUAGAACUCCCGCGGCUACUUUUCCUGUCCAGCAAGAGCCAUGGCAUCCGGUUUAGAAGACGUAAAGGAGGCGUUGAAAGUCAUCUCCCUCGGCCAGGAGAAGCUGCUAUCCGCAGUCGAGAGCGUCUCGCAGCGUGUUGCAGAGCUGGAGAAGGCUCAGGAGGAAGACCGUCGGCGACCGGACACUGCAGGAACCGAUGGUCUCAAGCGAACGUUGACGCCGCUUGCCGGCGGCUUCACCCCCUCGCCCUCGACGGUGCUGCCGGCCGAGGCGGGCACCCAAUCUUCUCCCAUGUCCUCGACGUCCCCCGAGCUGAAAUCCAGCUUCUCGUCCCGCGUCGUCCUCACGACGUAUCCCAAGCAGAUCGGCAUCAAGCCGCUGCCGUUGGAGUGGGGUGCUGCAGACCCGCUGCAGCGUGGCCCGGUGACGGUGUCUAGGUCGCCAUCCACCAUUGGCAGACGCAACGCCAUCGGCGCUCACGGCGGUUCCUAUUCCAUCUACUAUGCCCUUGCUCUGGCCAGCAGAGAGCUCAAGGCGGACCACAAGCCGGACUAUACCAACACCGAGCCGGCCGUGAACAUUGGUCCCUUUCCCCAAUGGGGCGACAAGAAAAAGAUUGUGGCAAUGGACCCUUGGGGCCACCUGGUGCCCUGGGUCUUCCGCGAUAUCAUCGAGAAGGAGAACGUGGAUCUCCGACCGACCAUUGCCAUCACCAAGGCGCACAUGAAGUUGCCCGAGCUCGAGGAGAGCGUUAAGAGCGGACGCUUGGUCCCUGACGGCAAGGUGUGCCUCAACGAUCAAGGCGAGCUCAACGUGACCAAGUUCGCCGUCGAGCCCGUCUGGUAUCUCCCGGGGGUCGCAGAGCGGUUCGGCAUCGAUGAGGGCACCCUGCGAAGAUCGCUCUUUGAACACACAGGCGGCAUGUAUCCAGAGUUGAUAACCCGCUCCGAUAUCAAAGUCUUCCUCCCCCCUAUUGGCGGUUUGACGGUUUACUGCUUUGGAGAUCCCGCGAGGAUGUCGGAUCCUUCCAAGAGGCUUGCGUUGCGCAUCCACGACGAGUGCAACGGAAGCGACGUCUUCGGCUCGGACAUCUGCACGUGCAGGCCGUACCUGAUAUUCGGCAUUGAGGAGGCCGUCAAAGAGGCCCAAAACGGCGGCAGUGGUGUCGUCAUCUACUUCCGGAAGGAAGGCCGAGCUCUGGGUGAAGUAACAAAGCACCUCGUGUACAAUGCCCGGAAGCGUGGGGAAGAUCGCGCAUCGGACUACUUCAAGCGGACCGAGAACAUCGCGGGGGUCAAGGACAUGCGAUUCCAGGCCCUAAUGCCCGAUAUCCUGCACUGGCUGGGCAUCACCAAGAUUGACAGAAUGCUCAGCAUGAGCAACAUGAAACACGAUGCUAUUGUCGGGCAAGGCAUCCCAAUCUACGAGCGAGUUGAGCUUCCGGAGUCGUGGAUCCCCGCCGAUUCGAGGGUUGAGAUCGAUGCCAAGAUCAACGCCGGGUAUUUCACGACAGGCCACCGGAUGACCGAGGAGGAACUCAAGAGCGUGCAGGGCCGGAUUUGGGAGGAUAUUGACCACUAAAGUCGUCUUGAGGCUGCGUCUUAUGCAGCUUCGGUAUUGCAGUUGUCGGGGUAUUCAACCCACUCGUGCCGUUGCGGCCCGCGGGGUCUUCUGAGACAAGUCAACCAAUGCCAAAUGAAACCCGUGCCACGAGGUCAGCCGGAGCCCGUGGAGAUAAGACCAGAUUGGCUCUCGGGCUGCUCCCGCUUUCUUCGUUCCUUUCCAAUACUCUCACGUGCCU